AUGAAAGCAGGACCUGUGAUAGUUCAUACACUUCUUCUGGGACAAACUGAGGAAAGUGAUGGUUCCAAGGCUGUAAAGGAGACCACCACCAUUCCUGGAGCCCUGAACAUCAUUGACCUUAAAGACGUCACACAGGCCCAAAUCACACCGUGGCUGCCAGAACCUCCUGACAUCUCCCCUCUCGCGGCGCCUGCGCGCUGGGGGCGCGGCGAGGACUUGGGGGCUGGCCGGGACGGGUGUCCCGGCGGCUUCGUUGCUGCAGCUCUGCCUCCCGCUUUCGCCUACUCCUCUUCCUCCGCUUCCUGCUCCUCCUGCUCCUCCUCCUCGCCGCCGCAGCAGCAGCAACUGGCGCUGCUUCUGAUGCAGCCGUGCGGCGGCGGGGAGGCGGCGGCUGGCACGGCGGGGGUGGCGCUGCAGCCGGUGCCGAGCGCCGACGCGCCGCUGCCGCCCUCCUCUAGCGGCGGCAUCAUGGUGCUGUACGGGCUGGGGGGGCCCGGCGGGGCCGAGGCGAGGGAGGAGGAGGCCGAGGCCGAGGCGGCGGGCGGCGAGAGCACGGCCAGCCUGGAGGAGCUGGAGGAGGAGGAGGCGGAGGCGGGGCCGGCGGCGGCUUCGAGCGGCGAGGCGGCGGCGGGCGGCGAGUGCAAGAGCUGCACGUACCAGGGCUGCAGCGAGACCACCACGCAGGUGGUGAAGCAGCGCAAGCCCUGGAUGUGCAAGCGGCACCGCAACAAGAUCUACAAGGACAAAUACAAGCGCAAGAAGAGCGACCAGGCCCUGGGGGGCGGCGGGGCGGCGGCGACCGCCGGGGGAGGCCCCCGGGCCGAGGAUAGUGUUGAAGGUUCAGUUCCUGUUACAAAGCAGAGAACAGGAUCCAUUGGAGAUCGCCCGGCAAGACCUACUCUUUUAGAACAAGUAUUGAAUAAAAAAAGGCUGUCCCUACUCAGAAGCCCAGAAGUAGUGCAGUUUCUACAGAAACAACAGCAACUGUUAAGUCAACAAGCUUUGGAACAAAGGCAACAACAGUUUCAAGGAGCCCCUGGGUAAUGAGAACAGAUCAAUGACCUUCAGAUGAGUCUGGUGCUGAAGGAGGGGAUAGGAUCUGUGUUUUGUAUAAAUACAAAGAAUCUCAAUGUUCAAAGGAAAAUGAAAGUUGCUGUUGUUAUGUAUUUGUUUCUUGGUUGCACUUUUGAGGUUUUGAGCUGCUUGGGUGUCUUCAAACUUGUGAGCAAAUCAUAGAAUCAUAGAUUGGACUGGGUUAUAUUAAGGAGUCUUCCCAAUCUGACCAUUCACCGGACUCUGGCAGUCACACUCCCAGUGCCAGAGACUUUAACUGCUGAGACCAAAGCCCCUUCACUGUGGGUGGCUCCAGUGAGCCCUGCUUGACUCCCUACAAACCCCACUCACGUGCAGUCAGACCAGAUUUCCUUACAGGUUCGACCUCAGGUUUCCUAUAGCAGGGUCUCAGAUGUCUCAUUCCAUAAAGCAAUUUAUUCAUAGCGCAGUCACAGAGAAACAGCCCCAGCUGGUGCCUCUGAGGAGAGGCCUCCAGCAGAGGAACCUCUGGACUUUUAUGUCCUCAUGGUCUAAGUGCCAGCAAGUCUUGCUCUUCCUCCCAAAUCUGUGGCUCCUGAUGUGGCUCUAUGUCCACUCACCUGGCUAGUGCCAUUGGACUUCAUGCCUUUUGUUAUGCAAAGGGUUGGCUUGGCAGUUCAUGACUUCUUGUCUUUCUUGGCUCCUAGUUAGAGCUCAAUUUGCAUCUCAGUCUGCAUCUCUAAAUUGCAGCUUGCAAACCGAGCUACCUGCACCAGAUGUAUUCCUCAACAGUUGCAAGGGACCUUAAAGCUUCCUCACAGGAGAGGUGCUCCAUCCCUCUAAUCACAACUUGGUGGCCGUCCUCUGGACUUGCACUAACAGGUGGAUUGGGAGCCCCAGAACUGGACACAGUACUCCAGGGUCUCACCAGAGCGAAGUAGAGGGGCUGUAGUGGGUUGACCUUGGCUAGACAUAUAGAUGUAUACAUUUGCAUUAACUGCUAUCCCCUGUCCUUUCACAGAUAGCUAUGUUUUUCCCAUGGGCUUCCUCUACCCCUCCAGAUGUUCAGAACCAGGCCAUGAGUUGGAUUUCAUUCCAUCAGGAUGGGUGGUUAGGACUGAAGCAGCAGCACACUCAAUCAUUGGGCAGCACCAUAGUCCAGCUUGGGGCAUUGUCACACUCUCCUUGUGCCUCGCAAAAUUCACUCUUCGUUGCUUCAUGUCAUUCCUGCUACUUUACUUCCUGCAACAUACAAUUUACACCACAGAUUAUUUUUCCCCCAAGGUUAAAUCUCCUUUAGGCACACACCGGUUCUCCCCAUCCUUCUGCAUUACCUGUCAAGUACACCUGGGUCCUUGAGCAAAGACAAUCCCACGAAUGGGUUUGCUUUUCCCACGGGAGAAGAAAUCCACACUCAGCUUCCCUGUGUGUAGUAUGGGGAGCUUACCUCCCCCCUCAGUAUGUUUGGGCAGGACUAGGGUGGUUAGCAGGUCCUCUAGUGUAAAUCAAUCAGCCAGUUGACUUCUGCUAAAUUAGCAUCUCGGUGCUUCCAUGCCUCAUUGCCUAAUGCUCUUAACAGUCUGUAGUAGUCUCAGUUUUUCUAGAGGCUUAUAGGAGAUGGGAUAUAUGCACUCAGUGACAUGUUUCUUUGUCCCAGAGUUUAUAAGGUUAUUUUGAAAGUCAGCCUGUCUGAUUCAGUUCUUUCUAGAGUACCAUGUUGCUACAAAAUGUACCUUUCAAGGCCUAAGACAGUGUUUUGAGCAGUGGUUUGGUUUACAGGGUUUGCUUCUAGCCAACCAGUGGUUGCCUUCACUGGGGUGAGUAUGUAACGCUUACUUGGUGUCAGUUUGCCAGGCCUCACCAUAUCAGAAAUCCCAGUUCCCUCAAUUCCAGGGAAAUUUUACAUGUGUAGCUCUCUUGAUUGUAGCACAUUUUUCAUUCACAAAUGAUCUGUGUGAUGGACUCCAUGGUCACGACCACCCCUGAUCGUGAGCCCAUUGUCGCAUCUCUUCCUAGAUAAUCCUGAUCAUAGAAUUAAUUGGGUUGGAAGAGACCUCCGAGAUCAUCAAGUCCAACCCUUGAUCCAACCCCACUGUGAUUACUAGAUCAUGGCACUCAGUGCCACAUCCAGUCUCAUCUUAAAUACCUCCAAGGACAGUGAAUCCACCACCUCUCUGGGCAGGCCAUUCCAAUGCCUGAUCACUCUCUCUGGAAAGAACUUUCUAAUAUCCAACCUAAACCUCUCCUGGCACAGCUUAAGCCCGUGUCCUCUUGUCUUAAUGAUGUUUCAUGGGCUCAUUGGGCUGUAAAUAGCUCACCCUUCUCCCAGUCUAGUUCUACCUGUGCUAUUUCAAUUUUGUCAGCCUUAUCUACCUGCUUAUUGUUCUGAUGUUUUUCAGUGGCACGACUUUUGGGCAGUAAGCAUCUACCUGAUGUACCCUCAGAUCAUGCAGCAAUGUCCUGCCACAAUGCAGCAGCCCAGAUGGGUUUACCCCUGCGUUGCCAGUUGGCCUUCUUCCAUUGCUGUAGCCAUGCUCACAGGCCAUUAGCCACCAUCCAGGAGUCAGUACACAGGUAUAGUACAGGCCACUUUUCUUGUUCAGCAAUCUUAAGGGCUAGUGAAAGCAAACUGUGGUCUGCACUCUACUGCCAAAGGAUUUGAGAAAAAUGCUUUGGCAGUGUCAGCUGUAGCGCACCAUUUGGCUGCCUUCAGCUCACAAUGGAACUCUUAACGUGUCCAGCACAGCAGUGCUCAGUGUUGCCUUGUUUAGGCCAUGAUAGCCUACUGUUAACUUCCACUCUCCAUCAGACUUUUGCACUGGCCACAAUGGGACCAUUAAAAGGCAAGAGAGUCUUGCUGAUCAUGUCUUAGCUUUCCAUUUGAUGAAUCAGCUCAUGGAUGGGAGCCAGGGUUUGUGCGAUAUUGCCACCAGUGCACUGUCCUGGUAGCACUCAUUGGUCUUCAACUUGCAGCAAUCCCAUGAUGAAGAGAACUUCUGAGAGGCCAGGCAGGGUAGAUAGCUGCUUGAUCUUCUCUUUCACAGUAGCUACAUCAGAAGCCCAUUGGUACUCCUUUGGACACUUGAAAUACCCACUCCUGAGGUAAUUGAUGCCAAGGAUACAAGAGACCUCUGGGUCAGUCAAAAUAAGGUGCUUUUCCCACUUGUCACCUGCUGUGCUCACCUCAGCCUCUAAUACAGACAAUUUUUGGCAUCCUCCUGUCACUCCAGAGGUCCAGAUGGGUUCUGCACUUUUGAGUCUUGAUGGCAUCAGUGUGCACUGUGCACCGGUAUCCACUACAGGUCUAUACCUCUGUGGAUCUGAUGUGCCAGGCCAUCAAAUCCACAUAGUCCAGUAGACCCUGUCAUCCCUUUUCUCCUGUCUGAAGGCAGGACCUUCUAUUCCCGUUCCUGGUCAGAGUAUUCACUGUCUGACCUUUGUGAUGCCAGAUCAGAAGUCCCCUCAGCAGGAUCAAAGGAGUUGAUUUCAGUCCUUUCAUGUCUGGGAGGUUGCUGAUUGCUUUCUUGGGUCUCUGUGGCAACUAUGUUGACGGCCUUCUUGGGUAACCCCUUCUUAACAGUUCUCUUUCCUCUCAAUUCACAUACCUGGGCUUCCAGCUUAAAGGUGGGUUCACCAUCCCCCUUCCUUACGUCUUCCCCGUGGUCAUGCAGAAAGAACCAGAGUUCACCACGUGGCCUGCGCUUGAGGCUUCCUUACCCUCUGACCUGGGAGAGGACCGAUCUCUUGGGCUGCCCCUGAGGGCUGAGGUGUUGGCCCAUGGGAAUGAGGAAGUGCCCAGAGUUUAUUCUAUGUUAUGGAGCCAGGAGGACAUCACCUCUACAGGUGGAUUCUUCUUCAGUUACUAUAAUGCCACCAGGCUGUGGGAAUAUGAUGCAGGGGCAUUUUGAACCACCUUCCUCCACCUGGCCUUUGUGCAAGGAACGUCCUUUGAAUCUUUAGGAGCGUUAUCCCAUCCUAGAUUACUAUAGAUGAUUUCUCAUUAUUAGCACUGCUAAUUCUCUGGAUACCUUCAUCAGGAGUGCUCCACUUUCUUGGGAAGUUCACAAGAUCUUUCUUAAAUAUCUUGCCCUCACACUUGAGGUGAGCCAUCUCCUGAGACUGCAAAUUGCUGCCCCUUUUCCAAUGCCUCUUUCAAUUACCUGAUCUCUAGCAAGGGAUCCCAGCUGUUUGGCUUCAUGACCUCCUCAUUGCUGACUGUAGACCCUGUUAUUCCAGCAUCAACAUACAGAAUCACCUCCCUUGACCUGCUGGCCAUGCUCCUUUUGAUGCAGCCCAGGAGACAGUUGCCAGCUCACAUCCAGCCCCUCAUUCACCAGCCCCCGAAGUCCUUCAUGAUAGGGCUGCUCUUGAUCAUCCCCCAACCUGUACUGAUACCAGGGGCUGCCCUGAUCCAGGUGCAGCACUUUGCACUUGGUCUUGUUCAACAGUGUGAUAUUCCCAUGGGCCCACUUCUUGAAUCCACAGCUUGUCCAGAUCCCUCUGUGUGGCAUCCCAUCCCUCAGUUGUGUCAACCACACUACUCAGCUUGGUGUCAUCUGCAAAUCUGGAGGAGUCUAUUUUUUGAUUAUUUUUAAAACUUCAUGUUACUGUUUAAUUUUUUAAUAAAAACUUGUUUAUAGUAGUAAUGUUUAGCUGUAUACCCUUUUCCUACCAAAGUCUUCCAUUUAAUUUAAACUUUUUUUAUAUAAAGAUUUACAGUUAAAUCAGUCUUUGAUGAUAAUCAUUGAAGGAAGUCAGUUACUUUCUAUGGAAGUUGUGAAAUAAAGUUCUGAAGUUGAGCCAGUCCAGUGGCAUGACCUAACAGUAAUUGCUCAGGGAUAUGAGAAAUGUCCAGCAGAAUCUUGCACUAAAGGCAAAGUGAACAUGCCAUCAAGAAGUCAUCAAUCCAGUGGCUCAGAAAAGUAUAAGUAGGUGAUCCUCCUGCUAUCUGUUCAUUAUCUGCAAGCUGAGUAGGUUUGAAAUGCUUCCUGUGCAUAGCAUGUAAAAGAAUUUGCGUUUAAAAGUUCCAAGACAGAUAAAUGGCAAAAAGCUUUAUAGAAGAAUUAGGUGGAAUGUAUGAAACUGGAGUUAGAUCUUGUUUUGUGGAGUAUUUGUAAUGGCCAACUUCUUAUAUGUGAAAUAUAAAUUAAUUGCAGAUUUGACUAUAAUUAAUUUUUAAGUUACUAAAUUAAAUUUUAAAGCUUUUAACUUGUAAUAGCAAAUUAAUCCAAAAACUAGUCUUCCAAAAAAAGUACAGUUAAAAUUCUUUUAAGACAACUGAUACCAUGUCAGCUGCAGUGCUGAUAAAGGUUUUCAUCCAAAUCAGAUGAACUUGCAGUUGAUUUGGUUAAACAUCCAAACACUAUAUUAUGUGUUAAAUCCCACGUUUUGUUUUUAAAACAAAGUUUUGAAUUAAACCACAUUUCUGAAUAGAGGUUAUCCGGAUGGGGUACGUGAUUAUUAUAAAGUACUACUUUGUUAUUGCAGCAGUUUGAUCUAUGAAAUAGUGUCUUUUCAAGAGUAUUUGUAAGUCUUCAAGAUUUUUUCAAGCUGUGCUUUUUGUAUGUAUAAAACUUGUUCAGUAGGGAUUUGUUGUAUUUAGUGUAAGUUGUUCUUUAAAAAAGAUCUUGAAAAACUUUGUAUAUCUGGACCAAUAAGUGUUUGAGUAAAAUCUUUGUUUUUCUUUAAAAAAACAAGCCUGUUCUUUUUUGUUUUGUUAAAUUUACAUGUUUGGGAUUUUUUUCCCAUUACUAAAACAGCCAGCUCUGACUAGAUGGCAUUCUGUUUUCCAAGGCUCUUGGUAUAGAAAGUUAUUUUAGCUUUAGGUAAAAUCAGGUUACUUUUCAGUGUAUUAGAAUAUAUGUGAAAACAAAAUUGGCUGAAAUUGCAGAAUAAAGUAUUUGAUUUUGUUUUAAAUGGUCAGCUUAUGAAAGGAGAAUAGAUCAUUUAGGUGAACAGAUCUGAUUAAACUUUUAAAAAACCCAAACCCUGAUGGCAGAAAGGUGGCACAGGGAGUGUUUGUAAAGACAGUGCUAAACAAGUCGGUUAUGUCAAAACAAAUGCAACUUGUUGAAACUGUGCAUAGAGAUUUCAGUACAGUGCAGCUCACCUAUCCUGUAUUUUUGGUGGUCUGUGAUACCAGUGCCUUGCAGUUGGGUGCAGUGUUGGGAGAUCUGCUGGUAGCAGGGCUGUCCUGUUUGGGCAGUUUCAGAUGGGAGUCCCAAGCUGUGUGUGAACCCAGCAGUGCCUGCAUGGCUCUGAGAUCCAUUAUGUUGUUUAUUCCCUUCCUUCUGUUAUUGCAGAACAAAAUCUGAAUUUUAGGAAGAUUAAAACAUGACAUUUCUGUAACAGUGCAUUCUUACUAUAUCUGUCUUUCUCCUUGAACAGUUCAAAAACUGUGCAGCUGCAAGUCUGUUUUUCCACUAAGGUCAGUCUGGUGCAGAGCAAGGGCCUCUGUCAUAGGGCAACAUCACUGCUCAUUGACUGCUUGUCAGAUGAAAGCUGUCUCCUUCAAAAGUAAGCUGAACCAUCCUCUUAAAUCACCAAAUCUACCACAGAACAGUGAAGGAUCCAUAUACUAUACAUCCAGAUUUUAUGUCGUAUUUAUUUUCAGUAUGUUUUCCUGUGUCUAGCAUACCAUCACUCGCUUAGUGCAAUCACUGAUUCUCUUGCCCAAGACAGACUUUUAUGGAUAAAGGCUUUCUAAAUGCUCCAGUUCCCAAAGUCACUUGUGGUCUGACCGGGACCUACAGCUUUCCAUGGCCAGUCUCUUCCAAAGAGAAGAAUGGGAGACGACAAGGAAAAGAGCUCUUAAAUCAGAAAUCUCUUUAUUAACAGUAAAACACAAGACGUGAAUAAUCCCUUUUACAAUAGAAUAAUUUCAGCCAAAGAAAAUGGAGUGUGUUAAAAAGUGUAUUGUUCAAACAUCAGACUAAAUGUGUUGACUUCACAAUGCCUCAAAUCAAAUGCAGCAGAAGUAGUGCUUGUGAAAAUGUCCUCUUGGUUAGCAGUCAUUACAUCUUUCUUGAUACAACACAGCAUGGAAUAGAGUAUUCUGGGGCUGAGUGGAGGACUCGGAGCUGCCCUGAUCUCUGAAGGCUCCUGAAGCUACAUCUGAGAUUUUUCAUUCUCAAGAGGAAAGAGUCCAAGUAUUGUUCUUUAUACAGCGAUCUGUGCUGGUUUAUAGAAUAUCAUGAACCGUGAAUAAUACUUGUGGAUGGCGCAGAUGUUUUGCUUUGCUUCUGAUGGAAAAGAGAGGGCAGAAUUGUUCAUAGACAGAAGUGACUCUGUUAAAUCAUGCAUGACUCACAUUGCUUUUCUGCACCAGACCAAUAGCUUGUAUUUAACACAACCCCCCCACACACACCUUGCUCAAAUCCACCAUUUCAGCCCCUUGACUGCAUAGAACUUUGCAACCUGUAUGGCUUCAUUGUUCCACACUAAACGGCCUGUUUCUUCACUUUCUUGUCUCACUUCUCAGCCCCAUUUAAUCACAGAGGUGAUGCUGAAGUGAGGGUUUAAAUUGCUAACACUGACAUAUUUGCAAAAAGUAUACUGUGGUACAUUUAGCUUGUACUUUAGAAGUAUUAUAAAUAAUUAAAAACUCCCAAUUGCUUGAGUAAGUGAAGAAAUUUUAUCUGAAUGUGCAUUAUCUCUGCUCAUCAUUAUGUUUGUUCCCUUGCUCUCUUGUUUGCAAAGCUUCUCGUGGACAUAACUGUGAACUAAUAAGACAACAUACACUUUAGCAUCAAAUAAAGCACUUUGAAAUAUGAUUUGCUCACUCACUACUGUGAAAGUGCAAGGGGUCAAACUUUAUCAAGUUUUUUUUAGCUUUUCUUUGCUGAUGAGGUCUGUAUUUAAAAUUAUUAACUGGUUGGUCUAUUUCAUCCUAUGCUAUUCAUAUGCAAUAUUAUUUGAAUACUAACACAGAAUAUAAAAUAGCAGCAUCCAUGGAUAAUAAAAACACCAUGACCGAA